AUGGGUAGUGGUGUAAAUGCACGGGAAUCUGAGAAUACGAUGCGUAAAACUGUUGAGUACCUUUAUAAUCCAAAUAGUGGGGCUGAAGCUAUGCGAAUAGGAUAUGAGUUAUUACAGCAAAAUAUAAAUACCGCUUGGGAUGAACUUGAUUGUGUAGCUUAUACAAGUACAGUAGAAGCAAGCAUAUCUUUUAAAAAGACUGAUUAUUUUGAUGCAGUUAUAGGAAUUACAAAUAUUGUAACUCUAGUUAAUGUUGAAGCCUUUAUUCAGAUGAUAUUUCAGAUUCAUGAUUGUAAAAAGCGCAUACUAUCCCUCUAUUAUCAAAAAAAUUCUAAUGAGCUUUUUCACCCAGCAGGUUAUAAAAAUAUUCGUAUUGAACUUGAAAAUGCUAGGCCUAAUAAUUUACCUACAGCAAUAAGAGAGCAUU